AUGCUUAGUUUCGGAGGUCAUUCCAAUUUGGACAUUCAAACAAGCUUGAAAAAGGCCUGCACUGCCGACACGGCAGCCCCCAAAAGAAAACACGUUAGAGCCUGCAUCGUUUACACUUGGGACCAUAAGUCGUCUCGGGAGUUUUGGCAUUGUCUAAAGUUAUUGCCUAUUCAAUCAAAUGAUACUCAAAUAUUCAAGACGUUAAUAGUCAUUCACAAGGUGCUGCAAGAAGGUCACCCUACUUGCUUGAUAGGAGGGUACAAAAACAUCAGUUGGCUUGAAAGUCUCAGUCGAUUCCCCAACAAUAGCGCUACCGGAGAUUACACAAGACCAAUCAAGGAGUACGUCUUCUACCUAGAACAGAAGUUAAGGUUUCAUCACGAUCAUAGAGGUUUCAACGGAAUGUUCGAGUAUGAAGAAUAUGUCUCAUUGAGAACUGUUAGCGACCCCAACGAAGGUUUUGAAUCCAUCAUGGACUUACUAUCACUGCAAGAUUCUUUGGACAACCUACAGAGGGUCAUAUUCUCUUCUAUACGACAUACUCCAGAAUCAGAAUGUGUUAUUAGCUCUUUGGUUCCGAUCAUCGCCGAGUCUUACGGAAUCUACAAGUUUUUGAUUUCAAUGCUAAGAGCUUUGUACAAGUCUUCCGAGUCUGAGGAAUCCUCCAAUUCUUCAAGACGAAGAAGACUCACAAGAGCCCCCGCUAGAACAACAAGGCAUCCUGAUCAGUAA